AUGGAUGUUGAGGAUUGGCUGAUUUGGAAGAAAAGAAAACGCAGGCCGCUUGCAGCACCGAUGGGGUUCUUUGACAAAGCACGAAGCAAAGCGAACACUUUCUUUUCGAAAGUCCCAGGUCACAUUCAGAAGGCUCGGGGAUUCCUCGAUCAAGCGGUCUCGGGCGUCAGGACCGGCCACAAGCUCUUAACUCAUGUCCGCCAGGGAAUCGAAACCAAUGAUAUCUUCGACGGCAAGGUGAAAGAAGCUUCACGUAAGGAAUCAACCGCUUCCUUCGAGAUGAACAUCAACUCUCGAACGAGCAGCGGCAUAAGGACGCUGGAUAGGCUGAACCUGGUAGCGCCGACCGUUAGCAGUUCAAUCAAAGCUGCUGGCGACAAUGUCUCCAUGACGGGGUUCGACUCAGCCGCGUUUCAGGCUCUAUCAAACGAGAAUGGCCCUCUUGAAGUGAAUCGUGUAGAGGCCACCGAGCCGCUGGAAUCGAAGACCGAAGCCGGCCUGGCAACCGUCAGCCUCGUUCAUGAUGAGACCCUCCAAGUCACUGAUGGUAAACUUGGCACAACUCCCGUGCCAAAAGUUGAGGUCAUCGCGCCUCUAGAUGAGACGGACAACCGCCUUACACUGAAAUGGACGGAUCCCUUAACGGUCACGGAUGAGGGCCUGACGCUCUCGUAUGACCAAGAUACCUUGAAGGUCAAUGAUGGGGAGCUCUCCGUAGUCUUCCCUGCCCCGGAAACACUUCAGCCUCCUCUGAUUCGAGACAGGGAUGGCAUCGAAUUGCGGCACGAUUCUACGCUCGUUGUAACGGCGAAUGGAGACUUGUCCGUCCCAAAGGAACCGCUAAAGCAACCCUUAACGCGAGACGGGUCAGGCGUAGGGUUGAAAUUGAAUACGGAUGACUUCGCCGUGGACGCCACUGGCGCGUUGGCCAUCGUCCCAACAAACUAUGAAGCUCCUCUGCAUGAAUCUGCCACGGCAGACAAGACCGUGUCCUUGCACACGGAUGACAGUCCUCACGUCAUCGGGGACGCUCUCAGCGUCGUACCUGAAGCAUUAUCAGCUCCCUUGACGUGGGAGGAUGGGACACUUACGGUGCGUCUAGGGAAGGGUCUGAAGGUCAAUGAUGAUGAAGAGCUGGAGACCAACAUUGAGCAGGUCGUCGUUGGGCGCGGGGCCAUCAGUAGUGAUAAAGCUGGAAGCCUGGCGCUCGAAGAUGUGCUGUCAAUGGGCUACUCGUCCAUCUCUGAGCUAUUCAACGAUGACGUUGAUGUUGAUGCCAGUGGGUUCACCUAUAAUGAGACUCUGAACGAGCUCCAUGCGCCGCACAUAUACGUCAACUCUAACUUUUCACCUGCCGACACAGAAGUGCCCACAAAAGCGUAUGUGGAACAGCUAUACCAAAGUGAUGCGGGCUCUCCCAUCAACAUCUCCGGGGUGAGCAACGGACGCAGAACCAUCGACCUGCGAACAGACGCUAACCUAGCGGUUGAGAAUCAAGUCCUCAGCGUCAAUCCGUCUCCUUUGGUGGACAACAAAGGGGUCCGAGUGAUUGACGGUAAGAUCGGUAUCGGACUCACGUUCCAGCCGGGAAACGGCGGUCUCAAGAUAGAGAACCAGAACCAGGUCAAACUCGCACCUAAUGUCAGCGGAGCCAUCACUUUUGACGGCAAUAACACGUUUUCGGAGAAGCUCACCGCCAGCCAGGGUGUAAAGAGGGUCGAGAAUGAUCUCCAGCUGGACCUACAAGCGGGAGACUCGACAGUCACUGUGAGCGGCAACACGGUGAAGGGAAACUACCAGGCUAACACCGGUGUCCGCCUCACAGGGAACACCAUCUCAGGAGCGUACACAGCGGGAAACAACGUUAGCAUAAGCGGCGCUACAAUCAGCUGUACUUACCAGCCCGAACCCGAAACUCCUACAGUCAUCACUGGCGCACUUCCCAUCAUCGUCACAGGAGCUGACAAGGAAUACAAUAUCUCUAAACAGCCGCUGGUAAUAUCUGGAGGAGCAGGGAUCGUGGUGGCGGGUUCUGAGGGUACCGGUUACGUAAUCAGCAGCGUUCAGCCUUAUAAGCAGAAGAAGCAGGACUCUGACCCGGAGGAGAACAUGGAGGAGUCUGAUCCGUUUGCAGAGAGUGACCCGUUGACCGCUUCUGGAUCCUCUCCCGUUGUCAGCGUGACUGGCCCCCUCGGGUUUCUUCUCAGCAGUGGUGCGUCGCUCAUAGGAGGGCCUUUGGCCAGUGGUGUGGCUGUUGCGCCUACCUCGGCCUUCGGCGCUCUUGGGGCUCUCGCGGGAGCUGUUGGGGGAACAACCAUUGUAGGCGGCUUUGCAUCUGUUUUUGGACGCGAACGAAAGAAUAAGACAGACGCUAGCGGGAAUCCGAUCAUAGACGCCAACAACAACCCGGUGCUAGAAGACGGCUCGCAAGUUAUCAUUUCGAUGCUGCCGAAACCCGACGACACCUCCUGUGAUGUUACAAGGUUAUUAUUUGACACUCCCAGUUCUUGUUCUUACCGCUCAGUGCUCUUUGAGGUCCCUCAACAAGCCGUCAAUCUCGACCUUCUCAAACAGUACCACAUCGCGGCCAUCAAGCCUCAGAUAGAUCUCAAGUUCGACAAAACGGGAAGUCUUCCCUAUGCUCAGCUUAGCGGCGUACCGGACCUUUCCGUCUACGAGAAGAGGCUCACUUUCGCUCCUUCCCCUGUGCUGACGCGGGCAGCGGACACGGUGACAUUCGACUCGACCAAGAUCACCUCUCUCGGAACAUUGGCCGGUCUGACACUUAGUGGAGCUUUAAGUGGGACGACAGCAACGUUCUCUGGGGCAAUAUCUUCACCUACCCUCAGCAACUAUCUCCUCUCAGCCACAGCUGCCACCUCCUACCAACCGCUGAAUGCUAAGCUUUCGACGAUCGCUGCAAGUACAGCCGCGGCUUCGUACUUUUUGGUGGGAGACGGCGGCGCAUAUGCCUCGACCAGCCCUCUGAACGCCAGGUCAGCCCUUGGACUUGGCUCUUUGUCUUUCAAAUCAUCGCUGGACUUAGCAGCGGACGUCGGGACAAGUGUCUUGCCGGAGCCACGGAUAGAUGCAUUGAUAGCUAGGAAGACCUAUGUGGAUUCCCUGGUGGUUACCGCCGGCGCUGGCCUUACGAAGGCGGGCACAGCACUCAGUGUCAACGACGCGCAGCCUGGCAUCACCAGCCUUGGGACCCUGUCUAGUCUGACGACAAACGGUCUUUCCGUGCUCGGUAACAGUCGGACGCAGGGUUGCAUUGUGCAGGGGUCCCAGCCGGCGCUGAAUCUAUCGAGUAUGGCAACCGGAGGGGCUAGCUGGCAGUUAUAUUCGACCGUAGCCGGUGAUUCACUGGGUCCCGGGUUCCUUUCGCUCUUGAAUACAACUGGAGGCGGGUCUACGCCGGUCCUCAACGUCAAUGGGAGUGAUCUGACACUCACUAUCGCCAGGGCUCUAACAGUGAGUGGAGCGGUGACUAUUCAGGCAACUCCAACAGCGGCUACUCACGCUGCAUCAAAGGGAUACGUUGACGGAUUGAUCAACACCACACAGACGGGAGCGCAACCGCUCAAUGGCAAGCUUAGCACUAUAUCCAAUGCAACUGCCGCUGCUAGCUACUUCCUUGUAGGAGAUGGGACAAACUUCAUCUCGACCAGUCCUGUCGCUUCUAGAAGUGCGCUCGGGCUUGGUUCUUUGGCCUUGAAGAGCAUUGUCACGCUCACAUCAGAUGUGACUGGUAUCUUGCCUCUUGCGAACCUAGAUACACAGGUAAGUACCAAGGCAUAUGUUGAUGCUCAGACCGUCACAGCUGGGAAUAAUCUGUCAAAGGCCGGGACUGUGAUAUCUCUCAAUCCAGAUGUACGGUUGAACAGUCUACGUUUAACUUCCACCGACUUGAACUCGUCUGCGCUUCUUGUCAACGGUAUCGGUCAGUUUGGACAGGUCCAAGCGGCUGACUUGAUUGUCUCUGGAAACAGCUACCUGCAAGAUGUGACGGUUAAUGCUGGUUUGAACGUAAUUGGUAGUUCCAGCCUAAGCGGACUUAAUGUCACAAGUGUAUUGAAUGUCAGCAGGACAGCCACCGUGUCAACACCAACAUCGGGGGCACAUGCGGCGACGAAAGCCUACGUUGAUGGUCUUUACACUGCUGGGACGGGCCUGACACGUGCUGGAAACGCCUUCAGCGUGAAUGUGGCUCAGCCUCAGAUCACAUCAGUUGGCACAUUAUCGUCGCUGGCUGUAAGCGGAGCGGUGACUGUCGCGGGAACAGCCAAUUCGGCCGUGCCGACAGCGGGGGCCAUGCAAGUUGCUGGUGGGCUAGGGGUGGGGAAAAAUCUAGUUGUUGCGGGGCAGAGCAACAUCAUUGGCUAUGAUUCAAACGUAGAUGCAUAUUCAUCGUUCAAUGUCCCUUUGACUGUCUGUACACAGGUGUCUAAUGCAGCGGUGGGGGCUCCGACCCCUGUUCUGCAACUUGCUCAGGCUGGGACUCCCGCUUCCAAGGUCGCGGGAUCUGCGACUUUCAACAUGUCAAGGUAUGCACUUGCCGGUGUACAGCCCAAAACACAAUUGGAUCUCUUCCUGAGCGAUACCGACUGGGGGGUGGGAAAGACCGCGCUAACCCUGCGUGGCGACGGAACCGUUCUGAUCCCUUCGAACGCUCUAAGUGUGUCUGUACCUGUCACGAGCAGCUACACAACAGGAUACUUCUUGCAGCCGUCGCUCACCGCUGGGUCUCUCACUCAGUUCAUCCAUGGUGUCGGCAUGAGUACAUAUAAUUCAGCGUGCUUUGACUUCAACUACGCAGGAGCAGGUAACUCCGGUAACUAUCUCGGACUGGGUCACUACGGCGCGAACGGAUUACUCCGCGUCUAUGGGAACGGGGUUGUCCAAUGUACCUCUAGCGAGGACUCAAGUGGACCCGGUACUGGUGCUUUGCAAGUGGUAGGAGGGGUGGGUGUCUCCAAAAGUCUAUUUGCUGGAGGAACAUCGGCGACGUCAAGUCAUACAUUGCAACUCAACUCCACAACAUCCGAUGUUCUCAAGAUCCAGAGUCUUUCGGCUUUGGGGUUUUCCACUAUUGGCUUCUUGAACAACACGGGAACGGUAGUGGGCGCUUUUGGUUAUGCUGGAACCGGUACAAGUGCUCCCAAUGCUGGAAACUUUUUCCUCUAUUCCGGGUCAGCGGCAAACUUUGUGAUCAAUAGCAAUGUUCCAAGUGUGCAGAUUCUAUCCACGGCAGACUCCUCAUCUUCGACAUCAGGUGCAUUUCAAGUCAAAGGUGGAGCCGGGUUUGCAGGCAAUGUUAACGUAGGAAAGGACUUGACCGUUGCGGGGACACUUUACAGCAAUAUCACCUCAGCAGGACCGAUUGUUGCAUCGCAUCUUGGAGCACCUAACUUAGCAGCCGGAAGUUUCACGACUUUACAGCUCGGCACAGGGGCAUCUACAAACAAUAUGGCAAGGUUGUACUUCAACUACGCCGGCCCAGGUCUUGCAGCAAACACGCUGGGGUUGGGGCUCUGGAACUCUCCACAAGGUCUUGUCGUUGAUGGAACGGGGAAGGUUGCUAUCCCAACCGGUAACUUGCAAGUUAACGGAAACCUCCCUAUCAUCAGCGGAAACGACACAAUCGGACCACUGUCAAUCGACCCCAAUUUCACAUCCAAUAACUAUGUUAGGGUCUGGGACGAUUUACGUGUUGUUGGAGACUUCUCUGUAUACAACUCCGCUGAAGCCGUUGCUUGGCUCAAAGUUGCGUCGAGCGAUGGUAGCGUUGUACUGAAAGGGUCCUCGGAUACCUCGGCAGUUGGGUCGGGCGCUUUGCAGGUAUCCGGGGGCGCAUCUGUGGCAAAAUCUCUGUAUGUUGGGCCAAAUCUCAAUGUAGCCGGCGACCUCCUCACUCCCGCCUUGACGUCUACAAGCACUCUAGUUGUGCAUCCCACGACACCGGCAACAAACUACUCCUGGAACGGAUACAGCGUGACUUACUCCUCGGAGUAUACCUACAACAACUCAAACGGAAUAGAUGGGCUUACGGGACAUGGUUGUGACUGUUACAUGUAUGCAUCCUACGCAUCGAGAUUGCGGUGGGCAACAAGUAGCACUUCAACAGGCACACUCAGCCUCGAUUCAACAGCGCAAAGUCUGCAUUUCUCCCUCCUCCGGCUCCCGACCGCAAUUGCCAUGGCUCAAGUCAAACUAACUGCGUAUCUGCCUGAUGGCGUGUUGAUGCCAACCACGUUCACUGUAGUGGCGCGGACAAGCGAAUCGUCGGUCAAGACCAUCGCCACGUUCUCCAACAUCAGCGCGUCUAGUUGGUUGAUGGACGGGAAUUCGUUUUCGUUCUCAAAUACCACUGCCUAUCCCGUGUGGGGGAUUUCGUGGCAGUACGCAAAUCAGACAACAGCAGGAGGGGUCGCCAUACGAGGGAUACAGUGGAAUCAAUUGAUUCCAAAGGCCGCCUUGGUGAAUGCUCAGGCGGAUACGCUGAAUGCGUCUACUGUGACUGUAUCAGGCACGACCACCACUAAUAGCCUGGUUGCGAACUCAGCCCUCUGUAAAGGUGACUUGACUUGUAGCACGAACAUGUAUUGCAACACCCUUGUGCAGAGCUUUGUCGCCAUCAAAGACUGGUUGGCGGAUGUCCUUGUGCCUAAUGCCAAUGGUUACACCAACACUAGCCCCAGUCCUAUCGGGUGGAUCCCAAAAAUGUCGGCAUGCGUUGCUCACUGCAUGUUCUCCGCCGCUCCAAAUGUUAUGAACGCUCGAAUCACAUGUGGUGUACAAAUCCUCGAUGGAGCUACGGUUGUGGCAGCGAAGAGUUUCUCAAUCUAUGGGACCAUAAAUAAUUACAACGUUCAGACCCCCUUCUGCUUCCAGCUGCCCAUUCUCUUCAACAGCACCUCGACCGGGCUCACCGUAAAGCUCAGCAUUCCGACCUCGAUGACGUUCAGUAAUUUGUACGUUUUGUUCUACACACAGGUCUUCUAG